UGAAUAAUUUAUGGGGGUAUUACAUUUAAUGCCUACACCUAAUAAAAUUUGAUAUGGAAUUGUAGGAAAAAUAUUAUCAGAAAUAUUAGUUACCGAAAAUCUAUUAUCAUAGACAUAAGGGAAAAGACCGUUAAACUGCGCAGAUAUGAAGGUAGUAUUCCUUGCAUUGUUCCUGGCUGCAGCCACGGCCCUGCCCGUGCCCGACGACGACGGUGUCGCGAUAGACGUGAUUGUCAACGGCGUCCCUGAAGGAGAAGCCUUGGAAAUUGCUGACGUUCUAAACAUCAAGCUUCAGGAACACGUCGACGGACAACUUGUAUCUGCUACAGAUGCCCUCUAUCCUUUCUCAGCUCAGGGUAUUGCUGCCGCUGCAGCUGCAGCUGAGACCGUUCCUGAAACCGCAAACCCUGAGAUCGAAAAACCUGAACUUCCUGAACCUGUCAUUGUUGUAGAUGACACCAUUACUCCUGAAGACAACGAGGUAGUAGUCAUUGUAAACCCCGAGACCCCUGAAGUUGUAAAUCCUGAGGAAGCUCAGAUACAAGAUGAACUUGAAGCACCUGCGCCUAUUGUUUUGCCUGAAGCGCCGGCAGCUGUAGUCAACCCUGAGCCAGCUUUACCUGAAGAGGUUCCUGUACCAGUAGUGCCUGAACCUGAGCAAGCUGUAGAGAGUGUGCCUGCCCCGGUUCAGGGUGAAGUUUUCAACGAUGGCUUAGUGCAGAUUUCCGUUAACCAGGAACCUAGUGUGUUUGGUACUCUGCACUCUUGGUUCAGCUUGGUCAUCAAUUACAUUAGAACCAACGGCGCAACCGAGACCAACCAGGUCGUGUAAUUAAAUAGUAACAUUAUACACACGAUGACAGUAAUGAUGAAGAUCAUAUUCGACGAACACGUUUAUCAGUAGUCAUCGUGUAAUUUAGUUCUUCAAUCGCUUUGAAAACUUUAAAGAUUUGUACGUAAUGCUUACUUAAUUUGAAUUAAAGUUUAGAGGAAUUCUGAAA